AUGUCUGAUUUUGAAGAGAAUGCCUUCAAUGAAGGACCCGAAAACUUUGACGAUUUCGAUGCUCCAGAUCACUUUUCCGAAGAUGACUAUGAAGAACCCGCAACCAACAACAAUAACGAAGAUGUGGAAAUGAAAACAGAAGAUGGUAAAACCAUUAUCAAUGGUGGAUUGGGACCUGAUGAUUCAUCGUAUGCACAAGCAGCAGCUUUCAAGUCAAAAACACAAAAGGGUUUAUCGAUACCUAAGGAAAAGAGAACUACCACACCUUAUAUGACUAAAUAUGAAAGAGCCAGAAUUUUAGGAACCAGAGCAUUGCAGAUUUCAUUGAAUGCUCCAGUAUUAGUGGACAUAGAAGGUGAAACAGAUCCUUUACAAAUUGCCAUGAAGGAAUUAGCACAACGAAAAAUCCCCUUAAUCAUUAGAAGAUAUUUACCUGAUGGUUCUUAUGAAGAUUGGGGAUGUGAAGAGUUGAUUAUUGAUCAUUAA